CGUUUUAUGGCGAGUGUUCCGGUUCGCCACGUACCGACGUCAAUUAAUUGGAAUCGUUCACCGGUGAGCGGAGUUUUGAAGUCUCAGGAUUCGCAGGUGCUUGUGUCUCUGUUAAGUUUUCUGUGAGAUGGAGUGGCGAGAACAAACCAGCGUGAGUUGUGAAGAUGCUUUUGACGAAGCACAGCGGUGGAUGGAGGAGGUGACCAAUAAAUCUUUUGGCAGUGACAACUUCCGCUCUGCCUUGGAGAAUGGAGUCCUGCUAUGCGAGCUAAUCAACCAGCUGAAGCCAGGUGUCAUCAAGAGGAUGAACAGACUCUCUACUCCCAUCGCUGGGCUGGACAACAUCAAUGUGUUCCUAAGAGCCUGUGGUGAACUGGGCUUAAAUGAGGCUCAGCUGUUUCACCCGGGAGACCUACAGGAUCUCUCCACUCGGGCCACUCUCAGGGGUUCGGAGAGCAAUCGGAGGCUGAAAAACGUUCUGAUCACCAUCUACUGGCUAGGCAGGAAGGCCCAGGGUGACUGCUUCUAUUCUGGUCCUCAGCUCAACCUGAAAGCAUUCGAAGGGCUGCUGGGCAUUGCUCUGUCCAAGGCUCUAGAAGAGGCCCCCAGGGCUGGAAGUGUGAGGGACAGCGGGUACAGUGAGCUUUGGUACCCUGAGCGGGAGGAGGGAUUUCCGACCCAGCAGAAGCGCCAGUCUCAGCCACCCAGCUACCGGAGGGAGGACUCCGUGGAGAGCUUUGACUCGGCCGGGAGCUUUGACUCGCUUGGGUCGCGGACUCUCAGCUGCAUCUCCGACUCCAGCUGCAUCUCCAACUCCACUUUGAGGGCCGCCAGUGACGGCUGCAGUAGUGACAUGGAGGCAGAGUCGUGUUUUAGGAUGGCCGAGGGCAGAGACUCCGGACAGGCGAAUCAGGGGUUGGCCCCUGCGGGUCGAUGCAGGAGGAGACAGGAAGAGGACAGGACUAAAGGCAGCCCCCCCAGCCAUCUCACCAGAAAUAGGGAAGUGAACCCUGGGUGGAUAUGGAGCAAGUCGAUGAAUGACAUCACGCCGCGGAUGUCGGCCAUGCGACUGGUGCACCAAGGUUCCGAGGGCGGGGCGGUGCUUGGUUCUGACCCUGCAGGUCAGGACCCGUUGCAGAAGGGGCGGGCCAGGGUCAUGGACAGCGAGGCCAAGUGGCAUAACGACCUGACCCAGUGGAAGCUGCGGCGGCGGAUGUCCAACUCUGACCUGCGGAGGAAAAUGCAACAGAAGGAUAAUAUUGGCCUGAUGGCCAACGCCAAAGUCGUUACCGUGGGAACGUUCAGGAGCCUGCAACAGGAUGGCGGUCAGGACUCCCCAGGCAGUAGAAGCUACAAGGUAGUCACCUCCACCAAGACGGUUUCUCCUUCCAUCAAGACUGCGUGUUCCUCCGCCUCCACAAUCGCCAAGGAGGGUUCCCUGGAGCUCCGACCCCAAACCCGGGGCCUGCUGACACGUAGCUACGCUGUGGAAUCUUGCUACUCCUCUGAAGAUGGUGGACCUUCUUCCACUGGGGCCCUCCAGGAUCCGGAGCCCCUCGUUGGAGGAGACAAGAGCCCCAUGACUGGCCCCCCGUCAGACGGCGCAACCUCUCAGUUCGUCUCACUGACACAGAGCCAUGGCCGGUCCAUCUCCAGUCCCUCCCUCAUGGUCUCCACGGGACAGAACCAGAACGCCAAGACCCUCACAAAUGGAUCUGGAUCAUUCCCUGUUGAUGGCAUUGGUACCUCUCGUGGCAGCGACACGACCAGUAGUUUUGGCAGCGACGCGGGCUCCCACAGAACCUCAGCCUCUAUGGACGGCUCGGUUAACCAGAAGUCCGUGUUGGGACCGGAGUCCGGGCGUUUCUCGUCUGGCCAGUCCCAGCAGCAGUGCCCUCAGCCUGGGGCGCAGCAGCAGGAGUGUCACUUCUACAGGUACUCCUCCAGAGCUCCAGGCAGCAGAGGGCCUGGGGGGGUCUCCGCCUCUCUCCCCAGGGGAUACCGCCGGGCCGAUAGCUCAUCAUCCUGCCUCUCUGCCGGCUUCACCCCUCGGCCCUUUGGAGCCAAGCUCUCCAGAGUGUCCUCCCUACCUGGGCUGUGCCAUUCCUUUCUGCCAGAGGACUCAAAGUUCAACAGGAAGACUUCCCCUCCAGAAGUGUCACGCCCCCGGAAGCAGGUCACCAUCUCAGAAGAGGCAGUCAGUGCUCAGACCUGGGUUCCAGCCAAUCAGAGCAGCGUGAACCAGGAAGUUAAAAAGGAGGGGAGGAGCCAGUCCUCCAUUCUGAAGACAAGAGGGUCUGACCCCACCACCCAUCCCAGCCCCCCUGCCUCGAUCAUGCAGAUCCAGAAGGGCUCCUCAGAGAUGCAUCGCAGUGACUUGAGAGUAAGUCUGAGCUUGAAGCCCAACAGUCGGCCCGAUUUUGGCUUCAUUGCUCACUGGGACUCUACAGGAGCAAGAAUCAAAAGCGUCCAACCAGGCAGUUCGGCGGAGCUGUGCCAGCUGCGUGUGGGUGAUGAGAUCAUGUCCGUGGCUGGGCACAGGGUGGCAGAGAUGAGCUAUGACCAGUGGAAGGGCACCAUGACCUCUGCCCUGCAGCAGGGCAGCCUCACUAUGGAUGUGCGGUGCAAUGGUCACCAUGACUGGGCCAGCAGUCUUCAUUCACAGGCCUUUAUCACCCGCAAGACCAUCAAUCUGACCGGUGGUCUUCCAACCAUUGUAGGUCAACCCGAUACCGACAGAGACACCGGUAUAACCACGGCAAAGACUGUGAAACUGUCCCGGGCCGGCGGCCAGGCUCUCAAUGGUAUGGCAGUUAAAAGCUUGAACGGUGGUUUCCGUGACGAUCCUGAGGCUGUCAGAAGUAAAGGAGGAUCCGUGUCGGCAAUAUCAGAUCUCCAGGUGCCCUCCCUCAGCACCUCCUCCAGCUGGUCCUGGGACCCUGAGGAGGAGAGGCGACGGCAGCAGAGUUGGCAGGAGGAGCAGGAGCGUCAACUACAGGAGAAGUACCGGCGCGACCAGGAGAGGCUGGAUGCAGAAUGGCAGCAAGCCCAGAAGGAGGCAGGGCUGGUGGGGUACAGUCAAGCAGAGGUGGGGCUCUCCAAAGGUGUUAUGGAAAAUGGGGUUGCUGAAGUCAGUGACACGGCUUGCCCUGCUGGACAUCAGCCAAUCCAGAGCCAGCCCUCGCCGCCGGCCCAGGUGGUGUCCAAUCAGAAAAAGGAAGUUGACUGGGAAAGAAGGGAGGGGCCAUGUGUUGAGGAGGUGGAGUCACUGUCUGAGAGGGAGGAGACUGGAGAUUUUUGGUCAGGGGAUUCCUAUGCAUUUACAGAGCUUUCUGCUGCUGACAGGCUAAAAUCCAAGUCUACCUCAUCGCUGGUCAGUUUCCAUGGUGACAAGUUGAAAGGCGGGACCAGCGAGGUGCCCAGGAUGAAGUUGGGUCAGAGCAUGUCGCCAGCUGAGGUCGAGCGGCAGCAGAUUCUGGGGGAGAUGAGGAAGAGGACGGCUCUCCUGACAGACAGCAGCUGGAUACGCCAACGUGCGGCCUCCACCAGUAGGGAGCCAGUCAGCCGCUCCUCAUCCAUGAGGAGGUAUGAGUCCAUGGACAACCUCCACAACCCCGCCCCCUCCAGCUCGUCGUCGACCACCGCGGUCUUAAAUCCUGUGCGCCCAUACUCCUCCUUGGGUUUCUCUGCCUCACACCGACCCCCCUCCUCCUCCUCCCGUCAGAGCAUGGCAGGAGCUUAUGGGGGGUACUCCAGUGGAACCCAGAAACACUCCCCUACCUGGUCCCGCCCCUCCUGCACUUCUCCCACCUGGCCCAACCUCGGGGUGGAGCCCCUGACGGAGUCACAACCCAGUUCGCAGCAGCGUGGCAGUGGUCCCACAACCCCCUGCAGGAUUCUGAGUUCCCGCCAAGCGUGUUCAGUGUGUGGCAUUCCCCUGGGGAGGGGAGCCGCCAUGGUUAUCCAGGCUCUGGGCCUCUGUUUUCACCUGGCUUGUUUUCAGUGUGCUGACUGCAGGUGCCAUCUUGGAGGCUAUGAGCUCAGAACCCAGAUCAGAAUCAGAAACACACAGCCUUAUUGUGACCCCUGCUACAUCCGACACAAGUCCCACUUUGCCACCCCCCUUUGACCACAAUGCAUUGCAGCAGAUUGAGGAGACCACGGCGCUCUCAGACAGCACGGCUGACAUCAUGACCGUGACUACGUGUUGAGCAUAUUUAGGUUUCCUUCGUCUCCUGAAGUCCAGAAACUACUGCACUUUAACCGUGUGUUUGCAUUAGUGACUGUUGGUGUUACAGUGUGGUUUUAAAUGUUUGUACGGAGGAUGUAUUGUUGCUUUAGUAAUGUAAUGAAAUUAUGCUUUGUUACUGUCUAAUCAUAGUUUGAUAAGUACUUUUCUUUGUAAGCUAUUGCUACCUUUUUCCUUAGGUUUGUGUCUUGCAUUCUGUUUGAGUUUUCAUUAUUUUUGAGGGUCUUGUGUGUGUUUUUUUUCAGAACUGUCUAAACAUUUAGCUCAUUUUUGAGGGGUGGAAAAAGCACUUACAAGCUCCUCAUCCUAACUUUUUCAGUAUUUCAGAGGAAUACAAUUUACAAUAUAAAUCUUAUGAAGGAAAUGUGUUAACUGUUUGUUAUUAAUAAAUAAAAAUGACUUGA